AUGCCGAGCGCUACGACUACUGAGGAGGAGGAGGAGGAUGAUGAUGAUGAUGAUGAUAAGAUAGCCACGCUCUAUUCUCAGCUGCGUCGAAAGCACGGCAAAACAAAAGUACAUGAGUGGAAGAACACCGUUCGCCAGAUAAGAACAAAGAGCAACCUCAAAGCCUUCCGGCCACCUGUUCCACCUGAACACCGACCCCCCCUAAGCAUCGUGAAGCCGUCUCAGAUGACGUUAGAGAUUAGGUGA